CCCCCCCCCCCCUACUUAAACCCCUUCACCCCCCUUCAUUCAAACCAUUCCUCCCCUCUCCUCCUCCUCCCUCUCUCUCUCUCUCUACAUUCUCUCCGUGACUGAACUCUCACUGGAGGAAGAUGGGUUCUCAGACAUGGGCUGUGCUUCUCUGUGUGGCGCUGUUCAUGGUGUCGGGUGCAAUGGGGGCUGCCCCGAGGAGGCCCGUGGCUGUCCCGUUCGGGAGGAACUACGUGCCCACUUGGGCCUUCGACCACAUCAAGUACUACAACGGCGGCUCCCAGAUUGAGCUCCACCUCGACAAAUACACCGGGACCGGGUUCCAGUCGAAGGGAUCAUACCUGUUCGGGCAUUUCAGCAUGGACAUCAAGCUGGUUCCUGGGGACUCUGCUGGGACAGUCACUGCUUUCUACCUGUCCUCGCAAAACUCAGAGCACGACGAGAUAGACUUCGAGUUCUUGGGGAACAGGAGCGGGCAGCCCUACAUUCUGCAGACGAAUGUGUUCACUGGUGGCCAAGGGAACAGAGAGCAGAGGAUAUAUCUCUGGUUCGAUCCCGCCAAAACCUUCCACCGCUACUCUGUCCUCUGGAACAUGUACCAGAUAGUGUUCUUUGUGGACGAUGUCCCUAUUAGGGUGUUCAAGAACAGCAAGGACCUCGGGGUGAGGUUCCCGUUCAACCAGCCGAUGAAGAUGUACUCGAGCCUGUGGAAUGCCGAUGACUGGGCCACCAGGGGAGGCCUUGAGAAGACGGACUGGUCCAAGGCCCCAUUCGUGGCAGCCUACAGGGGGUUCCACAUAGAUGGGUGCGAGGCCUCGGUCGAGGCCAAGUUCUGCGCCACCCAGGGCAGGAGGUGGUGGGACCAGAAGGAGUUCCAGGACCUCGACGGGCUUCAGUACCGGAGGCUCCAGUGGGUCCGCCAGAGGUUCACUAUCUACAACUACUGCACGGACCGCUCGCGUUUCCCGACCAUGCCCCCCGAGUGCAGGAGGGACCGUGAUGCGUGAUCCCUCCACGAGGAUUUACGCAUUUGUUAUAUAUAUUCAUUCAUAAGGAUUCAUACCUCCAUAAGUCUUAUUGAUGUAUUAUUGCCUACCGAGUGAACUCAUACCUUGUGAGCCUUGUAAUGUGAGUUGCUUAUUCCAUUACUAUAGUUGUGCUCCCUAAGUUAAUGGAAAUAACAAGAACAUGAUUGUUUCUAAGCU